AUGCACAACCUUUCGAAAAACAAUUCAGUAUUUACCGAUGCUGUAACUUCAAUCUCUCUUGAAUUAGUCAAUUUGGUCAGUUGUACCAUUCAAAAAUCUGUGCCGCAAGCUUGGCUUAACAUUAUUAAAAAUCUUCAUUUUCCGUUUGACGACAUUGCUCAAAUACAAUUGGAAUAUGAAAAUUUCAAUUCGAAAAAUUCGACUAUAAAGCAAGCGGACGCUGUUCUUCGUGGUUUUCCUUCAAUGGAGUCAAUGCAUACCAUUGGAUUUAUUGAAUUGAAAGAUUUCAACGAAACAGAAAAGCUCAUCCGACGUUUCUAUAAAACAUGUUUGACCACCGUUCAACGUAUGAACCGAAGCACAAUCCUGUGGGAUGACGUCAAUUUCAUUACAGGUGUCGGUGGGUUUCUCCAGGCAGUUCUGUUUGGAUAUGAUGAUAUUCGUCUGAAAAUGGAUGAACUGGAUAUAAAACCACCAGCUCGUUUACUCAAUCAUUCAAAUGCUCCGAUCUUGUACGGUCUCAAUGUACGUGCCUUCGACGGCAGCAAUAGUCAAUCGCUCGUAUACCAGCAUGCUCAACAAACGGACACAUUUCACGUAAACGAUGUUCUAUCAUUUUUAAUGGAUACAAACUUGAUUAUUCGACCAACAACACCAUUAUGUCUUUGA